GAACCAGGAAGCGCGCAUGUGCGAGGUGCGGGGGCGGAGGAGAAGGACUUGGAUCACCUCGUUGGCUGAUGCGGAAAUAGCGGACGCUUUAUCCUUGCGCCAAAUCACGCACGGCAAAAGGAAAAAAGCUCUUAGUGGGCAACGUGGCGUGGUCAAAUCCGCGUGGGCAGUGUUGUGGAGUCCCGCCAGAUGACGCGCUAGAAGGUCAUGUCGGAAGCUGCGGAGCCAAGCCGGGAGCUGCAGCGCUGGCUCCUCAGCCUCCACCUCUCCCAAUACGCGUCGUGCUUCCAGCAGGGUGGCUACCGGACUCUGCGGGACCUCGCCCGGCUCACGGACGAGCAUCUCCGAGACCUCCGGGUGCUCCCGACCGGACACCGCAAACGCAUCCUUCGCAGUUUAGAAGCACUGGGUGUCCAGACGCAAAGUCAUGGAGAGGAAGUCCAGAAACCGAGGCUGUACCCGAGAAAUAUCUUCUUGGUGGAUAAAAAAAGAGGCGGGUCCUGUCAGCAUCCUUGUCCAAAAGAACGGCAGCAGUUACCAGUGGAUGGGAGUCAGACCUUGCCGGCGGGAGCUGGACUCGGGACGCAGACGGAAGCCUCCGGCCCGCCGCGACCGGCCAGUCGAAACGUCCCAGCGUCUACGUUGGAGGAUCUCCCUGCUUCCUUGUCCAGCACCAGCAGCAGCACAGAAUCACUCCCAAUUUUGGAGACCUCCCCGGAAGACGCCCCCUUUGUACCUUCCCCUUCCGAUGUCCCGACCCAGAGCGAGGAUCGAGGCUCUUCUCUCUGCCACAUGGUGGACAACGCCCUCUACGACGCCCAGCCCGCUUCCGCCGCCCCCAAAGGUCCGCGACCGACCCGCUCUUAUCGGCUGAGGCACAGGCCGGUGCCCGACAUCCCCCGGCAAGACGGGCGCGUGCAAACAAGCGGGCCCCGACACCCGGCAGCCGUCUGCGGGCGUCCCCCCGGUGCAAACGGCGCUCAGAAAGCUCCACUUCACAGAACCUUGACGCCCAUCGCUCCCUACGGAGAGACCUUCCUGUACAACAGCGCUCAAAGCAUUCCGAGGCAAGGUGGCAAAGAAGCGGCGCCCAAGGAAACGGUCAAAGAGAAGAAGCUAAGAUCAGAAGACAAGGAAGGCCCUCCCGUUGCAAGCGUCCCGGACCCUUACAAAGAUGACUACGCCACAGUGGAAGAGUGCGCCAGCUUUUUGCCAAGUUUGGCGCAAAGUCCGGCAGAGUACGGCUCCAUCGGCCCAGCGGCCUCUGCUUGGGAUUCUGGCUCUGCUUCGGCCGUGACGGUGGACUGCGAGCUCUACUCCCAAGUUGACCGUCUGCCUGAUAUUUCCCCGUACGCUUGCUUUUACGGCGCCACAGAACCUCAAGUGCUGAAAAUGGGCUGGCUGGACAAACUCUCCCCUCAAGGGAAAUGCGUCUUUCAGCGGCGGUGGGUGCGUUUCGACGGCGACACCCUGGCCUACUACAACAGCGACAAGGAAAUGUACUCCAAAGGGAUGAUUCAGGCCUCCGCCGUCCGCCAGGUGCAACCUUUCGGGGACAACAAGUUUGAGGUCAUCACCUCGCUUCGCACAUUUGUCUUCCGAGCCGAGAAAGAAGGGGAGCGCCGCGAAUGGAUGGACAGUCUUCAGACGGCGGCGGCGGCGGUGGCGCGGGUCCCGGACAGCUCCGGCCUGCGCCGCCAUUCCUCCACCAGCAAGCGCGGCAUGCUGGAGCUGCGCCCCCACAAAGGCCGAGUUUUGGUCUCCCUGGCGGCCAGCAAAGUCCGGCUCUGCAAAAGUGAACAGGACUACCAGGCGGGCCUGGCGAUCUGCGAAGUGGAUUUGACGGCCGCCAGCAUCCGAGACGCCGAUCGGAGGAUCUUUGAAAUCAACACGCCCUUUAAGAGCUUCUGCUUCACGGCCGAGUCGGAGCAGGAGAAGUCGGAGUGGAUCGAAGCGGUUCGGGAAUCCAUCGCAGAGACGCUGUGCGACUACGAGGUGGCCGAGAAGAUCUGGUCCAACGAGGCCAACCGUAACUGCGCCGACUGUCGCGCCGCCCAGCCGGAGUGGGCGUCGCUCAACCUGGCCGUGGUCAUCUGCAAGAAGUGUGAGAGGCAGCACCGCUCGCUCGGCCACAACAUCUCCAAAGUGCGCAGCUUGAAGCUGGACACCGGAAUCUGGAGCAACGAGCUGGUGGAGCUCUUCUUGGAAGUGGGCAACCAGAAGGCCAACACUUUCUGGGCCGCCCAACUGCCCCCAGAGGAAGAGCUCUGCGCCGGCGCUUCGGACGAGCAACGCGCCACUUUCGUCCGCAGGAAGUAUCGGGAGAGAAAGUACUGCCGAGUCCUCGAGGACCUUCAUGACUCGGAGCAGCUCAACAAGGCGCUCUGUGGCGCGGUGGUGCUGCCCGACGUGCUGCGGAGCAUGGAGCUGCUCUUCAGCGGCGCAGAUGUCAUGUGCGCCACCGGGGACCCGACCUGCUCCACGCCGUACCUCCUGGCCCAGCGCGCCGGCCAAAGGCUGCAGAUGGAGUUCCUGCAUCAGAACAAGCUCUUGGAUUUCCCAAGACUUGAUCCUUGGUCGGAAAACACAUUGUCAUCGGAGAGGUCCCGCUUCAUGGACGGCUUCCUGUUCAUCUCCUCGGGCCAAGGACGGACGUUGCCGGACCGGCGCAGGGGAGACGAGACGGUGCGUCGCUGGUGCACGCUGGAGGGCGGCUUCCUGAGCUACUACGAGAGCGCGCAGAGUCCGACGGCGGCCGGAAGGGUGGCCGUCGAAGACGUGGUCAGCCUGGCCAUCAGCAACGCCGAGACCAUGACCGUGGCGGGGCCCGUGUUCACCGCGGAGGUGUACCUGCGCUCGGCGCGGGCGCUCAUCAUCGGCGCCGAGACGCAGGACACGCUACGUGAUUGGAUCCAGGCGCUGACUAAGUGCUUGGUGCCACCAAAAGCGGAAGCUCCGGUGCAGGAGAACAGCGAAGUCAUCGGCCGACUCCUCUACAAAGAGGGUCACGACCUGUACCACUGGAGGACGGGCUGGUUCAUCCUGGCCGGAUCCGUCCUGCACUUUGGCCCCGGCGACGAGGAAGGAGAUGAGGGAGUGCUUCGUCUCAAACAGCUGCAGGAGCUCACUGUCACCACCCACACCGAGGGCGAGGAGAAGAUCCAAGUGCUGCUGAUGGUGGAGAGCGGAAGAACCAUUUACAUCCACGGUUUCAACACGUUGGAUUUCGAACUUUGGCUUUCAGCCAUCACGCAGGCGGCCGGCAAUGACGGCAAGGCGCUGGGCGACCAGCAGCUCACCAAAAACGGCGUCCCCAUCGUGGUGGAGAGUUGCAUCGCUUUCGUCACGCAGUACGGUUUAUGUCACCAGGGCGUCUACCAGCAGGCGGGCGAUCCCAAAGGAGUGGCCCAACUCUUGGAGGAGUUCACCAUGGAUGCCCGGAAUGUCAAACUGAGGGACAAAGAGCGCCACCUGGAGGAUGUGACCGACACUCUGAAGAGCUUCUUCUCCCAAGCGGAAGACGCGCUCUUGACCAAGGAGCUCUAUCCCUACUGGGUGGCGGCUUUGGAUGAGGAGGAUGAGAGCCUGAGAGUGAAAAAGUAUUCCACUUUUAUUGAAAGUUUGCCUAAAACCAACAGGGCAACUCUUGAUGCCUUACUGCAACACCUGUACAGUGGACUUGGACUAGAUCCCCUUUGUGUCUUGUCCUCCAGGAUUCAGCAGUGUUGCCCCCUCAACGGUAUGCCAAGUGAAAAACUGGCCUCGGUCUUCUCGUCCUGCUUGUUCCAGACGCAGGGACAGACGGCGCAGGAGAUCCGCGUGGUCCGCGACCUCAUCGACAACUACGUUACGCUCUUCAGUGUCAAUGAAGAGCAGGUGCAACAGAUGGCGAGGGAGAAUAGUUUCAUCACCCGCUGGAAUGACAAAAAGGACACCGCGUUCUCGCCAGCUGGAGACUUGAUCUUUGAGGUGUACUUGGAGAAGCGACAGCCGGAGAAUUGCUGUCUAAUCAAGGUUUGGCCCAGCAUGCGUUCAGCGGAGCUGGCCGAGACGGCGCUGAGCAUGCGCGACGUCCCUUUUCACGCCGGCGACGCGUGGACCACAUUUGAAGUCAUCGAGAAUGGCGAGCUGGAGCGGCCGUUGCACCACAGCGAGAAGAUUCUCGAGCAGGUGUUGGAGUGGAGCGAGCUGGACUGCCCCAGUUCGGCUUUUCUGGUUUUGAAGAAGUUUGCCAAGGCCAAACAAGACACGUUGGACAAAGCGGAGCCCAAGCGCCCGGCGAAGCGGGGCUAUCUGAAGUUCAACGACGGCUGCUCCAAGCUGCUCUCCGGGCACAAGUUCCAGGACAAAUUUGUGGUGCUGCGUGCCCACAAGCUGCUGCUCUACAGAGAUAUCAAAACCACCAAAGCUGAGAAGGAGCUCCAUCUCAAGGCUGCCAAAUGUUACCUGGGCCUGAAGAAGAAGCUGAAGCCCCCGAGCAGCAGCUGGGGAUUUACUGUCUACACAAAGAAACAGCAGUGGCAUUUCUGCUGCGAGGCGAAGGAGGAGCAGCUCGGCUGGGUCACCGACAUCAUCAGGAUGAAGUUCGGCUCUGACCUCAGCUCGGACCCGGGGGAGGCCGCCGUGACCGGGUCCGCCAACGGAGGAGUCGCGGCGGACGGCAGAAUGCGCCUGCAGCAAAACUCCGCUUCAAAGACUCAGGUGACAAACAGGAGGACUUCCCUACCCGACGGUCCAAAGCGCGCGAUCCCGCGGCCGCUUUCCGUCAUGGACCCGCCGCGCCAGCCGUACCCUAGAGCCCCGCCCGCUUCCCGGCAAAGUAGCCUUCAGAUGGCUGGCAAGAGGCCCAGCCCGGGGGUCGGCGAGGGUAAGAUGCCUCCCAAUCUGCUGAGCGAGCUGAAUUCGGUGCUGAGUAAGACGGGCCGCAGCGCCGAGUGACGGCGCUUGCUCGACUGGACUUGGGCGGUCCUUGCGCUUCAUGUACAGCCAAGACAUUUUCCGACGGUUGGAUAAGGAUACGAUGUCACUCCCAAGAUUAGGUGAGGAAGCAAAUUACCUCGUUCAAGACUGAUUUUUUUAUUUUUUUUAUUUUUUUGGUUAAGCCUGGACAUUGUCUCGAGAUUCAACUUUUUAUACUCUUUACAUACAUGAAAUAUUGUCUUCUGUAAAAUUCAUUCUCCUAUUCUCCAAAUAUUAGCAACUACCAUUGCACAUAUGGAAACCGUGUGUCCGAAAUGUAAUGUGACCCCUACAUGGCAGUUCAGAAUCAGUAUUCAACUAAUAUCAUAAGUUCCGGCCCUCAUUUUUAUUUUCCUGUUGUACUCAGAGGGCCAAGCAUUCCAAUAAACUCCCGGAAUGAAUGAAUGGA